ACAUCUAAUAGCCAAAUUUUUCUCUCUCUCUCUCUUUCCCAUAUGGACAACAGCAGCAAAAUUGGAAGUCAAGAGAAGAUGGAGACAAUUGAUCUUUCCUUGAAGCUUAAUCAUGAAGAAACAUCACACUAUUCGUCAAGGGAUUUAUCACAAGUUGAUUCAAAAAUACAACGUAAAGAAGAAAAAUUAGGAGAAAACAUGAAAAGAGAAAAGUUUUCGGUGUUACAAGAGGAGAUGAACUUGAUGAAAGAGGAGAACAAGGUAUUAAGGAAGGCAGUAGAUCAAACAAUGAAAGACUAUGAUGAUUUACAAAUGAAAUUUGCAAUUACUCAACAAAACAUUGACAAGAAGGGUCCUAAAGAUUUUCUUUCACUGAAUGGAAAUAGUUAUGCAAGAAGUCCUAGAAACUUUGAUAUGAAUAAGAGAACACCAUCAGCAGAAUCCCAAGAAGAAGAUGGUGAAUUAGGGUUGUCUUUAACACUGCUAAGUAGUGGUAGCAGUAAUACAAGCAAAGUAGAAGCAGAAGAACAAAAAAAAGAUGCAGCAACAACUAUAUUUUCUCCAAUAGAAACCAACUUGACAAGUCAUGUGAAUUCUACCCCCAACAGAAAAGCUAGGGUUUCAGUCCGGGCAAGAUGUGAAGCUGCCACGAUGAAUGAUGGCUGCCAAUGGCGGAAAUAUGGUCAGAAAAUUGCGAAAGGAAAUCCUUGUCCUCGAGCUUAUUAUCGUUGCACUGUGGCUCCUGGAUGUCCAGUAAGAAAGCAGGUACAAAGAUGUCAGGAGGACAUGUUGAUAUUGAUCACAACAUAUGAAGGAACCCAUAACCAUCCACUUCCUGUUGGGGCAACAGCAAUGGCCUCAACAGCAGCAGCAACCUCCUUCAUGUUGGUAGAUUCACCCAAUAUUAUUAAUCAAACAUUUUUGCCUUACUAUAAUGCUCCUUACCAGAUCAUCAACUCUUCUUCUCCUCCUUAUACUUCCAAUCUGAGAAACAAUCUUAAUUACCAACCUGACCCGAAAGAGAGUGUUCGUUUUGACCAAACCAAAAAUGCUAGUAUCCAUCAUCAAUUUCCAAUUGUUAAUUUUUUUUCAAACACAUCACUAUCAGAAGCAGCUAAAUUGGGCAAUUCUUGGAUGCCUAAACCAAGCAACUAUGAAGGCAAUACAAGUGUGAAUAAUAAUAUUUUUGCUGGUCCUAAGCUAGAUGACUUUAUGGGACCAAAAGUUGAAGGAAAUAAUAAUAGUAAGUCACUAGCUCAAGAAAAAAAUAUGAGUGUCAAUGCUUGUGAUCCUAAGUUUAGGGUUGCUGUGGCAGCUGCCAUAUCUUCCCUCAUUAAUAAAGAUCAAAGCUAUCCUACUUAUGCACCUUCCUUGGUGGUUUCUACAGAUAUUGCGAAAAAAGAUUGAUGAUACCAUAUAUACAACAGCAUAUCCGGUACAGUUAGAAUUCCUCAUAAAUUGACUAUUUUUUAUAUGCUAAUUAUCGACUUGAUCCUCUCUUAUCAUAAAUGUGAGUAAGUUUACACAGACAGAUAGUUGAUUACAUUCUAGUAUACAUGUAAUUUUUUUAACUUCCAAAUACUUUUCAGUUUUUUUUUUUCUUUUAUUGGAUUCACCGUUAGCCUAAUACUGUAGUAGGUUAAUGAUGCAAUUUAUCAUCGGGUAAUUUUUUUUUCCAGUCCUAUGACAUUUAAAGUUUAAUAAAGAGAAUCAUAGAGUUAUGUUUCUAUGUUUUUCUUUUUAAGUUCCCCCGAGCCCCGAGGGAGUUUACAUG